AACUCGGUGUAAUGAGGCGCCCCUAUUGUCGCCCCUGUUGAGGCCUUCCGUUGGAUAUCUGAGGGGCAACAACUCCGACUGACUCAAUCAGAGACUUGAGAGAAGUCAGUCAGUCCCUGUCUGGCGUGUUCCAGAGGUCGGUGAAUCCACACGGACCCAACUAACUUGUGUCUGCGACAACAGGAAUAGAGGGGAAUCCACACGGACCCAACUAACUUGUGUCUGCGACAACAGGAAUAGAGGGGAAUCCACACGGACCCAACUAACUUGUGUCUGCGACAACAGGAAUAGAGGGGAAUCCACACGGACCCAACUAACUAGUGUCUGCGACAACAGGAGUAGAGGGACAGGAACCACAUCCCUGGGAGAUGUCUGCAGCGUCAAGGGCCAGAACUUCGUAUGAUUUUUAUAUCGACCAUGGUGAUGUUGACUUACUGACCUACUCGCCCGCGGUCCGACCAAUCACCGCAAGACCCCCAUCCACCAGCCACGGCCGACGGUCUCGCCUGCGGACAAGAUCAGCUUCCCGGGGGCCCGGUCCUAGAGAAGAUGAAGGCACAGCGGAUGUGCCAACAGCCCUAACCCCACAGCAACCCCCAGAUGACGACAACCCCUCCACACAGCAACCUGUGAAUGACAACAACCCCUACACACAGCCUAUGGACCCCAUCACCAGACAGUAUUACUACAAACUUUGGAGGCGGAGUCCACCACGUCCUCUGAUACCAGUCUUCCGAGAGGGGCGGUCUGGGGGUGCCUGGCGCCACAUCAAGUCAUGUUAUAACGGCUGCGGGAACCACUUAGCUUUCAUUGAUGGUGCAGUGAAGUCAGAAGAGAACUACUUCUACCCCCCUGCUGUCAUGUACGAGCCUCUGAUCCUACCCCCGCCCCCAGUAAAGCAGGUACCAGUGACGUACAGAGGUGGUACACGCCAGCAACAGGAGCGUGCACUGAGUGGCUACAACUACUGGAGCAAACAGAAGAACCCCGUGGACUGUUAUGACGUGUGGUGGUCAAGGGGUAAGGUGUGAGUAUGGCAGAAAGCUGCUGCCAACAUUAAACAUGGAUCAGAGGCCUACAACAACUGUACAAAUAAACACUGAUUGAUGUUGGAGACGGACUUUUACAACUUGGUUUUAACCAAUCAUUGCAUGUUGUCCUGUCUAAUUACUCACUAAGUAGGAUAUGGUAUAAUUUAAUGUAAAUACUAAAUUGCUUAGUAACAGAUUACAAAAAUAAAUUUUAAAAAAUACCAUAGAUAAUGAGUUGUUUUAAACUACUUUAUAUUUGCACUUAAUCAUAACAUAGUAGAAAAUAAUUGUUAAAUUUUGGCAAACAAGAAACAUUAACAGUGAGCAUGUUAAAAAACCAUAAACAAUUUUUUUUUACGUCUGCUUGCAUAUGUAUUUGUCUGGGCCUCUACUUUUUUUUGUGUCCAAAAGUACUUUCAUGAUGAAAAUCAUAUUUCAUCUGAGUACUAACAGCUAUAAUUUACACAUUCAACAACGAUUAUUAUUGUUUGUAGUGUAUGAGAA